AUGCUGCCUGCAGUGCGUAGUUCCCCUGCCCGCGUGGGGCAGACGAGGAGAGGAUGGCCCACGCUGCAUGUGCGGGUGUGCCCCAUUCUCACCUCAUUGCACCGCAUUGGACCCUUCCCUGUCUGCCUGAUUGUUUUUCUCAGGCCAUGCUCAAGUGCGCAUCUCCCCUGCCCGUAUGGGGCAGACGUGGAGAGGAUGGGGCACCUCCUUGGGAUGGUGAGAACCUGGGAUGGGUUGGUGGUGGUGAAUGAGCGAUUCAAUAGCCACUCCAAGAAGGAGAACGGGGGGGGGGGGGGGGUUGAUGCGAGGUUCGCCAACUACAUCGGCAAGCUCCCACCACACCAGCUCACUUUCCUCCUCGACCUGCUCUCCCAUCCCUCCAUCGGCCUCGGGUUCGCAAACUACAUUGGCAAGCUCCCAGCACACCAACUCAAGUUCCUCCUCGACCUGCUCUCCCAUCCCUCCAUCGGCCUCGGGUUCGCAAACUACAUUGGCAAGCUCCCAGCACACCAGCUCAAGUUCCUCCUCGACCUGCUCUUCCAUCCCUCCAUCGGCCUCGGGUUCGCAAACUACAUUGGCAAGCUCCCAGCACACCAGCUCAAGUUCCUCCUCGACCUGCUCUUCCAUCCCUCCAUCGGCCUCGGGUUCGCAAACUACAUUGGCAAGCUCCCAGCACACCAGCUCAAGUUCCUCCUCGACCUGCUCUCCCAUCCCUCCAUCGGCCUCGGGUUCGCAAACUACAUCGGCAAGCUCCCAGCACACCAGCUCAAGUUCCUCCUCGACCUGCUCUUCCAUCCCUCCAUCGGCCUUGGGUUGAACCUCGCCCGAUACCUUAUCGGGGGCAGCUUCAACCCCCUCCUCAGCCCCCAGUUCCUCACAGAAGCCUGCGAAGCCAUGGCGAUUCCUGGUUACCGCGUAACCGCGUCCGGGCCGUACGACUGGUCGGCGGAUUGGCGGCAGCGGAAGUGGGGAUACCGCGGGGCUAAGUACCGGUAA